GCGACGUCAUCUGAGGCCGGCUAAAGGGAGAAAAUCCUGCAACACGAAUCCUUACAAUAUCCUCUUGCUCUGGUAGUCUUUCCAGUCUCCAGUAAACAGCAGACAUGGCGACAGUGGUCCAACCGCUCACUCUGGAUCGAGAUGUUGCCAGGGCUAUCGAGCUGCUGGAGAAGCUGCAGGAGUCGGGUGAUGUUCCCGGUCACAAGCUCCAGUCCCUGAAGAAGGUCCUUCAGAGUGAGUUCUGCACAGCCAUUAGAGAGGUGUACCAGUAUAUGCACGAAACAAUUACAGUGAAUGGCUGUCCAGAGUACCAAGCGAGGGCCACAGCUAAGGCCACAGUCGCAGCCUUUGCAGCCAGCGAGGGUCACUCUCACCCGCGGGUGGUGGAGCUACCCAAGACGGAGGAAGGACUCGGCUUCAACGUGAUGGGUGGCAAAGAGCAGAAUUCUCCUAUCUACAUCUCCCGCAUUAUUCCAGGGGGUGUGGCCGAGAGGCACGGCGGCCUGAAGCGAGGGGAUCAGCUCCUGUCUGUCAACGGCGUGAGCGUGGAAGGCGAGCACCACGAGAAAGCAGUGGAGCUGCUGAAGGCGGCCAAGGAUAGUGUGAAGCUGGUGGUUCGCUACACCCCCAAAGUGCUGGAAGAGAUGGAGGCUCGUUUCGAGAAGCUCCGUACGGCUCGGCGGCGCCAGCAGCAGCAGCUCCUUAUGCAGCAGCAGCAACAGCAGAACCUGGCCUCUCAGCAGAACCACAUGUCGUAGGUUGUUCCAAAAGAAGAAGAAGUGAAGGAGAACGAAAAAAAAAAAGGUGGAUCUCAAAGACCAUCUGUUUGUGUUGAGGAUCCCAGAGGAAUCUCUCUGUUGUGGAGGAAACCAACUAGUAGAAGACUCUUUUACUCCCUUUCAGUGUACCACCGAUUACUGAGCAAACACGAAGAGAGCGUCGGUCCUAAAAUUGGUGCUUUGAAAAACAAGUAUGAGGGAGGCUAGCACUGAAAGUCAUCCAUUUUAUCUUUGUAUUCCCUUUUAUACAUUGUUCUCCCUGAAUAGUUCAAGAUUGUGACUCUUACUGAAGCUCCCUUUCUUCUUUGUUGUUCUGUUACAGUCAUCCAUUUUUAAUUGCUAACCGACACACCCAUUACGCUGUGGCACCUUUGCCAUCAUUUCGCCAUAGAUAUCAUUUGUACAGUGGUGUUUUUAUUGAUUCUUCAACUGGUGCUUGUGUCUCUGUAUGAAUGACCAUUGUUUUUUUUUGGUUUUUUGUGUGUGUGUGUACGCGUGUGUGUGUGUGUCCUGUUUUGGAGAAACGUGAACUCUUUUUUACCUUCUAUAUUGUAGCAAGAAAAGAUUUUGUAUCUUGUAGGUUUAGCAAUAACACACACUCUUCAGUUUUACAUUUCACUACUAAAUUCAUGAUGUAAUACAUACACAGUUUAUGGGAUAGGUGCAAAUGUAAAUUACUGUAAAGCAAACUGGGUCUUAUGCACUGUAAGGCAGCUUCCGAGUCCAAAUCUAUCGUCCGUGCCAUUUAAAGAGAUUAUUGAUUUACAGGCGGCAGAUACAAUUAAUGUGCAAUAACUGCGAUUGCUAACAGACUUUGUAAGCUACUCCCAACUGAGAUUUAUCCAGAAAAUAUAUAUGUUACCAAGAGAUUUUAACAAGACUCGCAUCCGUCCUCAGAAAUGUUAACCGUGUCCUAUUCCCGACAAACCGAAUGUCACCAGUUUUCAUUUGAACAGAGUGGAAAUUAAAUCGAAAUAUGGUAGAGUUACGUUUAUUUUUCAGACUUGUCUAUUUAAUAGUUUAUGACGAGAUCAGAUUUAACAUAGUUUUAUCGUUCCUUUUAAAUAUUAUGUAUUCUUUCUAAGACGUGCAGAUUAUUAUUUAAAAUCUAUUCAUUGUAUAACAGCUGAAUGCUAGCACAUAGUCCAUGUGGAUCUGUUCCUUGUGUUUCUGUUUUGACAAUCAUUGUGAACGGCGCGAUGAGACUGUGUGGAAUGUUUUACCUUCUUCCUUCCUUCUCGAAAAAAAAACAAAACAUGUUUUUAAGUACCGGCACCAGAGUAAAAGUGUUUUAUUUUACCGUCAUCUCCAUCUUUGGUGCUAAGCGCUUUUUGUUGCGGUGUCUUUGCACUGCACUUCCCAGAGAUUACUUCUCAGUUGAUCUUUGUGUUACUGAUAUUAUCUCGUGUUGAUUCUGUUUCAUUUUCUUUAAGUGGCAAUCUUUUCUUUGUUUGUUCAGCCAUAGAUACUAUCACUGCUCCUGCUGUUUCUUCUUCUAUUUAUCCCAAACAGACCCCAAACAUCACUUCUUGUGUGCCAGAGGAUUUUUUUUUUUUUCACCCUCAAGAGAGACCAACCAAGUUGCAUUUUCAUGAAACUGUUGCAGAAUAAUUACUUUAGAAUGACAUCAAAUUUAUUUAUUAACAGAAACAUUGUCACCUUUAAUGUGCUCUGAACAAUUACAUCCAAUUACUGAGUCCAGCAGAGUGAAAUUCCUCCACAUUUAUAAUAUAUGCCACGCUGCCAGAUGUUACCAUUUCCUAAAAAAACCUGCUAGUACUGAGAUCAACUCAAUGCCAAAGCUUUGGUAUUAGGUGAUCACUGUGCUCAGGUUUUUGAUGGAAUCUCAUCACCGGAUAUUUAAAAUGUUUUUGUCCCUCAUUCACACUCUAAGCAGAAAUCUCAAUACAACAGAUCCCUUUUUGUAUCUUUCAAUCACAGGUACUCUUUCUUAAUUGAUUGACUUGCAUUUUUGAAGCUGAUGGUCCUGUGCUUACCGUAAAACAUACAAAAAAAAUACAACAAAUUGUUGAUAUGCAAUUGUUAUACAUACUAUAUUUGUAUAAAUAAAUCUAUGUGCUUGUGU